CCAGUGUGAUGAAGCCUAAGCGACCUCACUGCAGCAUGGUGUCAGUGUGAUGAAGCCUAAGCGACCUCACUGCAGCAUGGUUUCGGUGAGAUGAAGCCUAAGCGACCUCACUGCAGCAUAGUGUUAGUGUGAUGAAACCUAAGCAACCUCACUGCAGCGUGGUGCCAGUGUGAUGAAGCCUAAGCGACCUCACUGCAGCGUGGUUUCGGUGUGAUGGGCUGUAAAACGUCAUGUGUUGCAGGCGGCUGCAGAUCGAGGACCUGGAGGCCAGGAUAGCUCUCCUGCCACUACUGCAGGCUGAACACGACAGGAGGACGCUACGGAUGCUACGCGAAAACCUAGAGGAGGAGGUUAGAAUCAUGAAGGACGUCCCUGGCUGGAAGGUGGGCGAGAAUGUGUUCCACACAGAGCGCUGGGUGCAGCCUGUCUCCGAUGAACUCUUCAACCUUCGGCCGAAGGAAGAGCUCCAGCGCAGGAAGUUUGGGUUCCAGUGGUACGUGUAGGACCCGCUCCAGCCCCGCCCUGCCCCGCCCAAGCUCCGCCCCUGCCCUGACCAAGCUCCGCCCCAGUCUUCCAUCAAAACAUCUGUCUUUGAAUGUCGGAGGACAGGAGUUUGGCAACUUGUCUUGUAAAUGUCAAUAAUUAAAUAUUUUUUCUCUACUUCA